AUGACUUUGGCCGACGUCCCGGCACCGCCCCCACCAAACGACGCCGAUGACGUACAGCGCAAGCUCUACCGUGGUCCAGCAGCCAGCAAUGUCAAGCCGACCACCUUGAACCUGUCCGAUGACGAGGAUGAUCUCCACAACAUCACCGCGCUGCUCGCUGCGCGCGCGGCCAUCACCGACCGCCUGGAGCAGUCGCCCUAUGACCUUGUUGCCUAUCUCCAGCGCAGCAGGGUGCACUCUCUCCUAGGCUACCCGGAUCUCGCCGCGGGCGAUGCUUACCGUGCCCUCCUCCUUUCCGACGAGGCUAACACCGAGGGUCUCGAGUUUCACGACGAAGCUCUCGAAGCGCUCGAGGUUUACACUACGGUCCCGCGAGCUCUCUCCGAUGUCGAGGCGCCCCCCGCCGGCGAUGAUCUCCAUCACCUCGGAUCUGUCCAGGCGUACACUCUCCUCGCUCGCGCUUUAAUCGAUGUUGGAUGCCUGAAGUCGGCCGCGACGUACGUCAAGCGAGGCCUCGACACUGCGCCCAACAACACCGCCCUCAUUGCUGCCCGCGACGCGCUUGAGGCGGCUGUCAAGUCUCGCCUAGGCCGCAUUCCCGGCGAUCUCUUCUCCCCCGACUGCUCGCUCCCCGACACAGCCCUGGUCCGCCGUGAAGUGUACCCCUGGAACGCUCAUGAACCGGACCGCUUCGCGCCCGAGUCGCUGGCCGAGCUGAAUGAGACGCUGAAGACCAUGGCACCAAAGUGCGCAGUGCAGGUCGCCACUCUCCCUGUCCUGGUCGACGGCGCUGCCGUUGAGGGCGCAACUUGCUCCCAGCUCGGCGUGUUCGCGACCGAGGAUAUCGCGCCUGGCGAGAAGGUGCUCGAGGAGUAUAGCUUGCUCACCGCCAGCAAUCGCAUGAAGGACAGUGUGUGCGACGCGUGUAGCACGCAGCUUCCGCGUGACCUCGACGGCGUUGUCAACUGCGACGAAUGCUACGACACCGUCUUCUGCAGCGAGUUCUGCCACGAUGCCGCGCAGGAACGCUACCAUCCAGCCGUCUGCGGCACCGGUACGGAUGAGAUCGGCAAGGAUCCCGAGCCAUCGGAGGCGGACGAGAGCUUGCACCUGCUGCUUCUCGCGCGUGUUCUUGCCAUCGCGGCCCAUGGCCAACUGCACCCUCUCGGCGUUCCCGAAGUCAAGUACAUCUGGGGCGACUUCUCGACAGUGCCCGCGCUCCCGUGGUCAUUCAAGUACAACCUCGAGACCCCGCUGCAUAUCCUCGAGUCCAUGGACGUUGACUUCUUCGCCAACCCGCAGUACGACACAUGGGUGCUCAACACGCUCUACGCCAAGUUCCGCGGCACCGCGAGCGCGCGUAAGAACCCGCUCGAUGGCAAACCAGAUGUCGCCGCUGUGCACCCAUACUGGUGUCUCGCGAACCAUGACUGCGACCCCAAUGUGUCUUGGGACUGGGCCGGUCGUAUCGUCCUCACCGCGCGCCCUGAGCGCAUCAACCUCGAGGCUGGGCUGCGUAAGGGCGAAGAGGUCCUCAACCACUACUGCGACAUCCGACUCCCCGUUGACGAGCGCCGAGAGUGGGCCAAGGGACCUCUUGGUGGUGCGUGCCAGUGUGACCGCUGCCGUCGUGAAGCUGGCGAGGUGUAA